UCAAUGAGGAGCGGGCCGAGCGAAUCUCGCCUGGCUGCACGCGCAGGAUAGAGUGGGCGUGGCGUCGGGCGAGAGAGAAAAGCAAAACAAUCAUUUUUAUCCCCUUUACCGGCUGCUUUUAGGGUCCGUAGUGAAAUACGCUCUCAGCAGGGAGUCGUAGUCCACACAACACUGUUAAAUGCAUCUUAUCCCGCUUUGCACUAAAAUCUACCGACAGCUGGUGAUUUUGCUUUAGUUGUAUUUCAUCCAGGUCGAAAAUGACUUCCAAGCGCCUUCUCGAGCCGCAGCGAGCCGGCGACUGCACGCCCGAGGGGGGCUGCACCGGCCAGCGAGAGCCUGUCACUGGAAAAGCGUUCAAAACAAACACGCAGCUGCACGAAGGCGCUAUAAGGAAUCUUAGCAAGGAAAUCUCUCAAAACGGACAUUAUCAUACCUCAACGAGGCACUACAUUCAUAAGAAAUUUGCAUGUGGCAGAGAGGAGGAGGAGCCGAGUUCAGGUGGACUCCUUAAACAUGGCUGCCCUGCUCAUCGCCUGGUCCUCAACGGCUUCAGAGUACAAGACCAAACCCAAGUAGAGGCUCGAAGCCCAGUGAGAGGCCCUGGAGAGCCAGCCUGUCGUCUGCCAUCUCCUGAGAUGCCUCAUCCAAACACGUCCUCUAUCAUCCCCGUACCACACGACAGGAGUCCUUCUGGUCAUGCUGAUAAAGAAGUAAUGGCCGCCACCGUCCUGACCACACUGUCCACCAGCCCGUUGGUGCUCAACCCUUCUUCCAGCGCCUCAGGUGUAGAUCUGGCUGGUAAAGCCUGGAAAGAGAGUCUGUCUGCCAGCUACAGCAGCUCCACCAGUGGAAACUGGAGUUGGGAUGCCAGUGACCAAUCAGUGCCCUCCACGCCAUCACCGCCGCUCUCCAAUGACACGGGCAAGAGCUUCCUGCUGUCCUGCCAGAGCGACGACAACAAUGAAGAGAGUGAGAGCACACACUUCCUGUUCGAGGACCCCAUCCCUCGCAAACGAAAGAACUCCAUGAAGGUGAUGUUUAAGUGUCUGUGGAAGAACUGUGAAAAAGUCCUCAGCACCUCCUCAGGGAUCCAGCGCCACAUCCGCACCGUCCACUUGGGGCGAAAUGGAGAUUCUGACUACAGCGAUGGCGAGGAGGAUUUCUACUACUCUGAAAUCGAGGUGAACAUGGACACUCUUUCGGAGGGUCUGUCUAACCUCACGCCCACGUCUCCGACCACGUCCGGGCCGCCGCCUGUGUUCCCCGUCCUGACCUGUGAUGUGUCCCGAACUGAACCUGCCAACGUGAUCCACACCCCGCUCAGUCAAUCAGCACCCUCGGCACUGUGCCAUAUCCGCACUGACCACGCUUACCAGGCUACAACCCCUGUCAGCAUUCCCAGCAUGCCUUCAUGCCCGCCUCACAGUGAGGAUAGGAUUAGUGUAUCCUGGCAGUCACCCCCUGUCAUUUAUAAAGGUCCACCGGGCCCGAUGACUCAAAUCCGCACUGUCAGCAUCGGUGAGAAGAGACAACCUGUUAACCACACCACUGUCAGCAAAACACACACCAACAGCACCUCCACUUCCAAACCCACCACUGGAACCAGGAAACCCCGCGGUGAAGCCAAGAAAUGUCGGAAGGUGUAUGGCAUGGAGAAGAAGGACCUAUGGUGCACAGCGUGCCGCUGGAAGAAGGCCUGCCAGCGCUUCACUGACUGAGUCCCUCUUUAACCCCACACUUCUGCUCUUUAUAUGCGGUUGUUCCAAAGGAAUGAGCACUGAAAGCUCCUGCUACUCUCACUGUGGACUAGAGCUGAGAUGAUGUUCAUCUGACGUGUGUGGCCUUUUGAUUCCUUCAGGCCACAAGGGGGGGCUCUUUUUCUAACGCUUCCAUAGUGGAACACUGAGACUUUAUUUAGAAAACAAAAAACACGGAUAAAAAGCUGAAAAAGCGAAAACAAUUUUUGAAAAAAAAAAAAGCUUUUGCUGCAUUGCAUAUUAAAGCGAAACGAAGUAUUUUUCUAAAGUAAUCCAGAAACGAAAACGGCGUAUUUUCAUAUUUCACGUGGAAUACAGCUAACCAUUUUCCGUCGUUUUAGUUGUGGCAGACUUUAUACAAUGUUUUUACUGUUCUCUAAGCUAUUUUUAUUGAGUGUUUUCAACAGUUAACCCUCGCUCAAAUUCAAAUCGGCUCACAUUUCCGUACUUACCGCUUUAUUUUGCCUAUAAGCACUUUUAAUGCUCAUUAAAAUCAUUGAAAUAAAGCAGAGUACAGUCGGCGCGUUCCCUGUGAGCGUUUCUGACAAAAGUGAUACCUCCAAAAGAGCCUUAGAGAGAGAUAGAGGCGUCUGUGCACUUGAAGUGCAGGAAUGUAAAAUGGCGUCUCUCUAUCUCUGCACCGGAAAUACUCUGUCCCUCACAGAUCAACUGCCUCUCUAUAAGCUAUGAGGUUUAUUCCUGUCAGUCCACAGUAUUAAUUCGCACUUCACAUUUAAACCGACCACCUGCUGUCCCAGUCUAAUGUGAUUCAUAAAUCUAAGUGUUUUCCUCGAGUCUUUUUGUGCUUCCUAAAAAAUCAUUUGCUUCUCAUUCAGCGCACGGAUGUUUUUCCCACAAUGAAAGUGCAUGCUCUGAAAGCUGUGUUUUCUUUUCAUUUGGAGGGUGAUCAUUUGGGGCUGGUGUCCUAUGUGCACUCUCAUAUUCUCAGUAUAAGCGGAGCAGAUCUGAGCUGUUGGAACUGAUAGAUUUUUUUCCGUUUUCCAAGACGAAUAUCUAAAAAUACUAAAAUCAAGAACCUUUUACUUGAGAACAAAAGUGACAUGUAGCGGGCAUUUACACAACACUAUUUUCACUUAAAAACUGAGAUAUUCUUAAUGAAUUUUGGCCACAUUUGGGAAAAAUCUAAACUUUUGAAGUUUCAAAGUGCUUGAUUUUGAAAAUAAUAGUGAUUAAGUCUGUGUAACUUGAUUUUUUUAAGGCCUGAGAGUUUUUUUUAAACUACACUGUCAUCUUCUUUGUGUAAACUGAAAGCGUAAACUGCACAUAUAAAAACUGCGUCUAAAGAUGUGCAACAAAGUUAGAAUUUUUAGCCCCUUUUAAUAUUGUUCCCAAUUUCUGUUUGGUGAGAAGAUUUCUACGUUUCUAAAGAUAAUAAUUUUAACAACACAUUUUUAAUAACUGAUUUUGACUUUUAUCUUUGCCAUGAUGACAGUACAUAAUAUUUGACCAGAUAUUUUACAAGUUACUAGUAUUCAGUGACAUUUGAAGGCUUAACUAAGGUAAUUAGGAAAGGCAUUAUAAAAUGGGUUUGUUUUGUAAUGUUUUUUUUUUUAUUUUUAUUAAAAACUGCUUUUAUUCUAGCCGGAAAAAAAUCUUUUUCCAGAGGAAAAAAUAUUAUCAGACAAUACUGUGGAAAUUUCUUGCUCUGUUAAACAUUAUUUGGGAAAUAUUUAAAAAUGUUUUUGACUUUAAUUAGAUAGCAAUCAAGGCUGUUGGUGAUUAAAACAUGAAACAAAUGCCAAUUAAAGGCAAACUUAAGCAGACUUAAAGGGAUAGUUCACAUAAAAAAGUGAAUUUUGCUAUCAUUUACUCAAACUAUUUGAGUAGCUUUCCUCUGUUGAACACAAAUGACAUUAUUAAUGUAGUAUAAGGCAGCAACCAAUACUCUUUGACAUAUCUUCUUUUAGUUUAAAACCACUUGAAGAGGAAUAAAUUAUGAGGUGAUUUUCAUUUUGGGGAAAACUGUCUCUUUAAGAGAAUUCACACCAAUAAUGAGAAUUCUGGUCAUUUAAAUGAAAAUGAUUUGACAUGAUCGGUUCAAAAUGUAUUUGGUUUAGUGGUUAUUUACGUAAAAUACGUUUUAAAUAAGUUGAAACGAUUAUGAAAAGUUGAAAUACUUAAAUUAAAUUACAAGAAAAAGAUUCACUUAAUUGAAUUCUGUUCUGUUCAACACCUUUUUGAGCAUAUAACGAUAAAGACUUUUUUUGUUGUUUGUUUAAACGACUUAUUUAAAAUUUGUUGAAACAACACAUCUUCUCAAGUUGUUUUUGGCGAAAACUUAAUUGUUUUAUGUUGAAUCGACUUAAAUUUGUAAUAACUAAUGAACUGACCUAAUUCCUUCAUGGUGUCCCAACACAAAUCGAAUUGUGUGGAAGCCCAACAUUUUUUACAGUGUAGCGUUAUGGUAAAACCUUUACUCAAAAAAUGACUUUUGCUUCUUCUUCAAAUAUAUCUUCGUAUAUAUAUCUUCUUCGUAUAUAAAAUGAGUUAAAACAACACACUUCAUAAGUGUUUUGUGUGACAACUUAAUUGUUUUAUGUUCAAUCCACCUAAAUUUUUGAAAACAAUGAGGUUAACUUAAUCCAUUUCUGUUGGGACAACAUGAAGGAAUUGUGUGAAACCCAGCAUUUAUUACAGUGUUGUCAGACAGUCAGAAUCCAUAAUGCUAUAAACAGCCGAGCAUUUAAAGCCACAAACAAUAAAACUUCCCCGCGUGCACUUAUAAUAAACCCAAUGUUAUCAUCGUUUGCUGUGGAUAUACUGAUUAUGAUAUAUUUGCCUUAAUAUCACAAGUUAUUUUUUUUCUCAAGUAAAUGUCUCUCAAUUUAAGAAUGUUUUGGUAUUUUUAAUAAUACCGAACACUGUAAAAAAAACAACAAAAAACACUGAGGAAGAAACAGUGAACCCAUCAAACACUGACAUAUGAAUGUGACCUGCAUUAUUAAAAGGACGGACAGUUCAUGCCAAAAUGGCCCUUCUGUCAUCAUUGACAAAUGUUGGGUGAACUGUAGCUUUAAGGUCGGAGGUUAUUAUAGGAGGAGUUCACUCAAAAAUUCAGCUACUCAUUUUAGGCAUACUAAUGUUUUGGCAUUCUGCUGAAGUUCAGAGUUUCUUGUAAUAAAGAAACUCUGAACUUCAGCAGAAUGCCAAAACAUUUUGCUCCAGCAAUGCAUUUGAUAUUUUUCACCAUCCAGGGAAGAAGAUUCAGGGUAUCUUUACACAACGACGUUUCAUGCGUUUUUUGACAACGCCGGUUUAGGGUCUUGGAAACACAAAUCUGUCACCAUCUCCAUGUAAACUGUAAAAAGAGAUAUUGUGAAAAAAUGGUGAUGUCAUACAUGUUUCGUAUGUGUUCAGCCUGUGGUGACGUGAGUAUUCAUCAAUGCUGAACUACAGGACUCCAGUAUCAGCAGGUUCCAUUCGGAAGAGCUCAUAAUCCCAAUGCCCUAACAUCUCUUCAAGGGGAUUAGAGGAUAAGUGCCAAACUCAGUUCCUGAAGAACCGCAGCUCUGCACAGCUUAGCUUUACCCAAAAUUAAACACACCUGAUCAAACUAAUUGAGUCUGUCAUCCUUGAUUUAAAACCUCCAGGUUAGUGUAUUGAAGCAAGGUUGCAACUAAACUGUGCAGGGCUGCGGCCCUCCAGGAACUGAGUGUGACACCUGUACCCUAAUCCCUUUGAAAUGAUGUUAUGGCAUAGGGAUGAUGAACCCUUUCAAAUUUAACUCGCUGAUACUGAAGUCCUGUAGUUCAGCAAUGUUGAAUACUCACAUCACCACAGACUGAACGCAUAUGAAACAUGUUUGACAAUACCAUUUUUUCUGCAAUAUCACUUUUAACACCACUGGAUUAGGGCAUAGGGAUGAUCCUUUUCGAUGGUAAUGUGCUUUUUGACAGCAGGCAAAUUUCCUGCACAAAUGAUCAUGGGGUCCCAAAAUGUGCAAGAAUUGUACACUUUAAAAUCCUUUAUUUUAAAGGGCCCUCUUUAAAGUAGCUAGUUUGGAUCGACACUUCAAUAUGGUGGUCAUGAUUGUUUUCACUUCAGAGUGCCCUUAGGAGGGCGAUAGAUCAUGUUUAGAACAUGCCAUAUAAGAUGCGUUGUGUUUGUUUGCACACAAACAUCGCCACCUACUGGCCUGGCAUACAGAAAAUAGCAUUUUUAGCUAAUCAUUUUGUGUAAAACGAAUAAUUUUCAAAGUUUUUAAAAGUCACCUGAUAAACAUUAGCACUUUUGUUGUGUAAAUGUACCCUUAAAGGGAUAGUUCACCUAAAAAUAAAAUUCUGUCAUUAUUUACACAACCUCCACUCCUUCAAUACUUGUUUGAUUUUCUUUAUCCGGUUGAACAAUUUUUUUUUUAUUACCUUUUUUUUUGUCCCUACUAUAGAUGCUAAUGUUUACUGGUUUUCACCAUUUUUUAAAUCUCUUCUGAAAUUUUCAGUUUUAAGUGAACUAUCCCUUUUAAUCUUGUUUUAGCUUUUAAAGAACCAAAACAAAACAGGCACUCAAAUCGUAGCUUCCGACAAACGUAGCAGUUCAGAUUCAAAACACAUUGCCAAAUGUCUGAAACUAUCAAAUCAUGUAGUUCAAUCACAGCUUAGAGCAGCUUUGUCUUCUCUUUCACCAUGGUCAGAAAGGAAAGAGCAUCCCUCUCAUAAUCACAACCUUCACUAAGUGCCAAUGAGAAGAACAAGAGGGAAAAAAAUGUAAUUGCACUAACUUGUACUGCACAAAGCGUAUAUUUUUUAUGUACCGUUUUUAUACGCAGAAAUUGAAGUUUUUAAAACGCGAAGCUUAAUGGUUGACCGCCGUGGUUCUCUUCAUCGGGUCAGGGAUGGGGUCUUUUUCGCUGACCUCGCAACUAUAAGCUUACAUGGCGGUACUUUACGGCGACGUUGUUCCUGUUUAAGCCUCACAGUACAUGACUCAAAAAUUACAAAAAUUAACCAUGGUUUUAUUAUAGAAAAAGUGCAUUAGCCAUGUUUUGUUUGGCAUAUUGGGUAUCAUUUGUAUAAACAAAACAGUUUUACUACCAACUGUUAAACUACUUUAAUCAUGGUUAAGUUGUGGUUACCAUGGUUUCAUUAUGUUUUAUUUGUAGUAAAACCAUUGUUAAUUUUCCGUAAAAGGAAUGGCGAGCUUCUCGCUAUCAGUUAUGCGACUGCAGGCUUUGGUGACUAUCAUUCAGGCUUGUUUCUAGGGAACUUCACUGUCUUGAUUCAUGAUAAACAUUGUUUCUGAAUUAUAUUUCGGGGUUGUUUCUUUCUUUAUAGGAACGAUAAUUUUGGAUUAUAAGCAUCAAAAAUCAGACGCUUUGAAGGAACACUCAACUAUUUUAGGGAAUAGGCUCUGUUGUAAACUUCUAAGAGCCCAUUGAGCCAAGUAUGGCAACAGCUCAUAUUAAGUGCCCCUGAGUCAAUUUAGACAAUCUCCAGGUCUGGCGGGAGCACUUUUAGAUUAGCUUAGCAUAAAUCAUUGAAUCGGAUUAGACCGUUAGCAUCUUAUUUUAUUUAAUGUUUGACUCUUUUGUAGUUGCAAUAUGUAAGACUGACAGAAAAUGAAAUGUUUCUAUUUUCCAGGCCGCUGCAUUUAAUUGUGCCUGAUGCAACCAUGCUACGGCAGCAAAAUUCCUUGAUUAUUACGGCAGAGUAUAAUUGGCGAUAUGGGCUUAGAAAAUAGCUUUUUUUUAAUCUCUGUUUGUCUUAGUACAUAGUGUAACUACAGAAGUGUCAAACUUUAAAUGGUAAAAUUAACAACAUUAUUUUAGUUUUUUUGAGUGAAAUGCUAAUGAUUGUUGUAAUGAUCUAUGCUAAGCUAAGCGAAAAGUGCCCCACCAGUCCCACAGAUUGGCUGCAUGGAUUUAAAAAUGGUAAAAACUCAAGUUGAACUCUAGGGGACUUAUGAAAAAUGAGUCGAUUUCCAAAAGAAAAGUGGAGCAUUCCUUUAAAUGCUUAUCAGACUUUGAUAAAAUGGUAUAAAACCUUAUAAGAGCAAGAAUGGAUUUUUUGUUUUAAAAGUUUAAUGUGUAUAUAUUCAUUGUAUAUUUGGGGAAAUGGGGGAGGGAAAAGAAGCAUCAACGAAUGUAAAAUCUACAAAAUGAAACGCCUGCAAUCAGAGUUUGUUUUUAUCGGCUGUCUCGUGCAAAUUUCUUUCGGUCUUUUCUUUCAUAUCAAGUUAGUUAGAACCUCUCAGUGUUUAUUUCCUUUGGCUUUAGUUUCCCGCUUGCAUUGACGCGUUUUCAUUGUUUUGUGGAGAAGCGAGUGUGUUUGUACUAUUGUGAGGCAGGAGAGAUGAUGUGGAUCAUUGCGUCGUCCUGCGCUGCACAUUCCUUUCGAUGACUUUACGUGAGUUCGUUUUGGUCUAUCCGUUUCCUGUUUUUCUAACUUCACUGACUGCCUGUUGCUUUGAAGCCAGAAUAUUAAGCUAAACACCCAAGAAAAUGUGUAAAAAAAUAAAAAAUAAACAAACAAAAAAAAACUCCACUUGCUUUAUUAUGUUUCAGUGUUAGAAAAGCAUCAUUACAAUAAUCUCAUUAUUCAGUACGGCUUUGACGAUCACGCAAUUUACCUUUCAGAACAACACUUUCGGCCUUGUUAAGGUCUUUAAAUUGUGUUUCCCUAAUUUUUUUCCUCCAUGUCACUUCAUUGGUUGAGAUUUGAUGCAUGUCUUGUAUCAUCUUUGUACUAUCUUGCGUUAUUGGAACCAUUAUUGUUUGUUGAGAAGUUGACAGUGAUGUGUCCAGAAUUGAGUGAAUGAACGAGAGGAUGGAGGUGUUUGUGAUGUUGACUUUCGCUUGGUUGGAGAUGAGAGUGUGAUUUCUGUGGCUGUAAUGUGGAGAUUGAAAUAAACAUGGAUUCAGAAAGAUG